GCCUGGAAAAGACAAACACAGGCAGCUCCAUUCUGCACAAGCUGGAUGACGUGGCCUCCACUGCUGCCGUGUGUCGCCCAGGCGGCGGAGCCCACGCGCGGGAGAGUCCAGCCCUGUGCACCCCUCCGCUGCGGGGCACACACCUUAAUCCGGGGAAGGGAUCAGGUCUGAAGACGCUGAUGCAGCUGAGCUCUCUCUGCUGGGCUAGCAGCUAUGCCUGAGAUCCUAGAAGACUGAACAGUGGACCUUCCACUGUCAUUUCGCUCUUUGUCCUCGCCAGCAGUUCCACCAUGACCGACACCCAGGAUUCUCCGGCCAUGACCGUGCACCUCCUGGCCAACUCUGGCCAUGGCUCAUUUCUGCAGCAGACUCUGGAUCAGCUCUUGGAUUACAUCUGCCCAGAGGUCCGUCUCUUUCUAGUAUCGGAGCGGGUCAGUCCCGUGAAAUACUAUGAAAGGUCUCAUCCCAGGCGCUCCCGCUUUCCGGGGGUGUCUGUUUUGCUCUUCCUGCAUGAAAGCCUGGGCGAGGAGCGGCUGCUCCGUGUUCUGGACUCCCUACAGCGGUCACCCUGGCAAUGCUACCCGACCCAGGAUGCCCAGGGGCGGUUGUGUCCCUAUCUCCUUGCCAAUCAGGAGUUCUACAGCCUGGACAGCCAGAUGCCAGUCUGGGGUGUGCGGCAGGUGCAAGGUGGUGCCGAGAUCUUGCGGGUGACUCUCUACUGCAGUUUUGAUAACUAUGAGGAUGCCAUUCGACUGUAUGAGAUGAUCCUGCAGAAAGAGGCCACCUUGCAAAAGAGCAACUUCUGUUUCUUUGUGCUCUAUGCCACGGAGAGCUUCACUCUGCAGCUCUCCCUGAAGCAGCUGCCCCUGGGGAUGUCGGUGGACCCAAAAGAGUCUUCCGUGCUGCAGUUCAAAGUUCAAGAGAUUGGCCAGUUAGUGCCUCUUCUACCCAACCCAUGCAUUCCCAUCAGCAGCACCAGGUGGCAAACUCAGGACUACGAUGGCAACAAGAUUCUGCUCCAGGUCCAGUUGAAUCUGGAACCUGAUGUUCGGCACAGUGAACUUUCCUUUGCAAAAGGCGUCUUGGGAGCUGAUGUGACUCCCCGGAGCUCCAGGCUGACCUGUGACUCUGCAAGGAGCCACAGGAGCCGGGGCAGGAGGUUGGGGGUGCAGUCGGUGGCACUCUCCGAGGCUGGUGGGAACCCGGCGUCAGACAGCUCUGGUGGUACUCUGUGGAAGGGCCUCAGUCACACAUCCCAGGCCAGCAGCCCAGCCACGGGCACCCGGCUGCGUCUGCCUUCACCUUACCUUGAACAUGGGGCGAGGCUGAAGGCCCUCAGCUGGGAGAAGAGCUAUCAGCAGCUAGAGGCAGAGACAAAUGUUGAUACGGGGUUUACUACCAUCAAUUCUGAAUCCAGGCCCUCUUUCCGGAGCAGGGUUUCAAGAGAGUUUCAGACUAACCAGUCACCAUCCUGCUUGUUAGCCUCUUCCUUACAGAAAGCUCCCUCCUCAAAUGGCAGAGUAAUAAAGGAAAGAGUUUGUGCAUCGGCGUUUGCUGGCCAAAAGGCACCAAGUGCCAGAAAAAUCAGCUCAAAGUGCUCCCUUCCACACCCUGUCCAGGUGGAAGAGAAAGAGGAGGAAGAAUUCUUUAUAUAGCAUAAAAGUACCAUGGCUUUUUGAAACAAAAGAUCCCUUGAAAUGUUCUAGAAAUGGGGCGCUGACAC